AUAGUCUUAGUUAAGCACUCUCUUUAAUCAGGGAUUAUGGACGAAGAUUGUACAAGGAAUUCACUGAACCAAGGAGUCCAAAAUCUCUUGGCUCCCCCGGGCUUUGUUUCUCGAAGAUCCUUCAGGCUGAGGAGGGUGGAACAGAAUGAGAAUGAUGAUUCGAGUCAAAUAAAGCAAACUGAAAUCAGUACUUUGUCUCAGACGAUUGACAUUGAAAUGAUGGAGGCGGCUUGUAGACAGAGACCCUGGAUAUUAUUUGAUCAAAAGAAUGAGGAUUGUUUGGAGUUUGAAUCUAUGGAGAAUGAUAUGAACCUCCCUCCACAAUCUGACCUUCCAAAAGGGGUAGCACUUGGAUGUCCAGAAUGCAGUAACUGUGUGAAGGUCACGGCAAGGUGGCAUCCUGAAGAUGCAAGAACGGAUAGUCUUGAAGAGGCCCCUGUUUUCUAUCCAACAGAGGAGGUGUUGAGCUAUACACUUCAAUAUAUAGAAAGAAUACGGCCAAGGGCAGAGUCAUGUGGAAUCUGUCGUAUAGUUCCUCCUCCAUCAUGGCUCCCUCCAUGUCUUUUGAAGGAAAAGGCAAUUUGGGAAAACUCUCCUUUCUUAACCCACUACCAGCGGAUUGAUGGGUUUCAGAAGAAUUUUGCAUGUGGUCGGUUUCCUAAACAUAGUGAUAACCACAAGAAUAAGAGGAGAAGGAUCGAGUAUGAGUGUGGCAAUAGAUGUUUUAUGGAUCCUGAUGAAAGUUGUGGUAUUGAUAAGAAAGGCCCAAGCUCAAAACUUGGUCGAGAGUUUACUCUAAAAGCUUUUAAAAGUUAUGCAGAUGACUUUAAAUCCCAGUAUUUCAGCAGUGGAAAUAAGGUCACAGAUACAGAAACAAAUUCAUCCACGGUUCAAGAGCAGUGGGAACCAUUAGUGGAUCAAGUAGAGAGUGAAUAUAGACGCAUUGUUGAGAAUCCAACUGAACAAAUUGAGGUACCUGGGAUAAUAAAUUUUUAUUUCGACUUUCUUCAGUCAGACAAACUUCAGUGUGCUGAUCCUUCUGUAUGA